AUCGAAAGCAGUGGAGUCACCUAUUUUUGGCGUUUUAAGCUUUUUCUCCUGAGGAUUUUAUACCAGUCAAUGCAGAAAACUCCUUCAGAAGCCUUAUGGAAACCUGCCCAUGAAGACUCAAAAAUCUUGAUCGUUGACUCUCCUGGGAUGGGCAAUGCAGAGGAUGAGCAGCAAGAAGAAGGCACCUCUUCCAGGCAAGUGACUAAGCCAGGCCUGCAGGAGAGGAGAAGAGAGGGCGAAGCAGAGGAGCCCACAGACGACUCACUGCCCCCAUUGGGAGACGGUGGAGGCCAUGAGGCAGUGGAGGAGAAGCUCCUUGAGAUCCAAGGGAAAAUCGAGGCUGUGGAGAUGCACCUGACUAGGGAGCACAUGAAGCGCGUCCUGGGGGAAGUGUACCUGCACACCUGGAUCACAGAGAACACCAGCAUCCCCACCAGAGGGCUCUGCAACUUUCUAAUGUCUGAYGAAGAGUACGAGGACAGAACGGCGGUGCUGAUUGGACACAUCUCAAAGAAGAUGAACAAACAGACUCUCCCUGAACACUGCAGCUUGUGUAAAAAGAUCUUGCCGUUCACAGAUCGCAAACAGGCCGUCUGCUCUAAUGGGCACAUCUGGCUCCGGUGCUUCUUAACCUACCAGUCCUGCCAGAGCUUGAUAUACAGACGGUGUCUGCUCCAUGACAGCAUCGCUCGGCACCCAGCCCCAGAAGAUCCUGACUGGAUUAAGAGGUUGCUGCAGAGCCCCUGUCCUUUCUGUGAUUCUUCUGUCUUCUGAAUGCAGUAGUGGAGGGCAGAAGGGCGUGAGCUGUGGAGCAUUCCAGAGCACGGGAAGCCGUGCA